GACCAGUUUUCAGGGUGCGUUGCUCCCUCGUGCUCUCUCAUCGGUUUUGUCCUGGUUUUCUUCUUUCUUUUUUUGCGGCUUCUUUUUCUCCCCGAUAUUCGUGCGCUCUUCUCUUAAAACGCGCAAUCCUCUUGAAGACCGAUCGAGAUUUCUUUCGCGUAUCCUCACCUCGACGACGAAAUUCCAUCACGAUGAGCACCAAUAUAUUCGUCAGGAUUUGCGGGCCGAAGCUCCUGCGCAUCGCGAAAAUGACCAAUGAAAGGUCAUGGAUCUCCAUCAGCAGGUGUUUUAGCAUCACUAUGUCGCGCAGCGUGUUGAAAGAUUCGCCAAAUGCGGCGUUAGAUAAAACUCUAUUGAACAAGUAUCUCGAUUUGCCUCAGCCGGAAAAUACGAUCCAAGCGAAAUACAUCUGGAUUGACGGUACUGAUGAAGGAUUACGGUGUAAGACCAGGACCUUGGACUUUGUGCCGAAACAUCCUUCCGAACUGCCAACGUGGACUUACGAUGGUAGCUCGACGUAUCAAGCUGACGGCGCCAACAGUGACAUAUAUCUUUAUCCAGUAGCCAUUUAUAAUGAUCCCUUCCGUCGCGGUAAAAACAAACUCGUGCUCUGCGACACCUACAACAGCGAUAAGACGCCGACGGAGUCGAACAAGCGAUGCAUUGCGAACAAGGCGAUGGAAGCCAUCAAGGACCAGGAUCCCUGGUUCGGCAUCGAGCAGGAGUACACUCUCCUGGAUUUCGAUGGCAGGCCGCUUGGUUGGCCUAAGAACGGCUUCCCCGGUCCGCAAGGCCCCUAUUACUGCGGCGUCGGCGCCGAUAAGGUGAUCGGCCGCGAGAUCGUCGAGGCUCACUACAGAGCCUGCCUCUAUGCCGGCGUGAAGAUCGCGGGGACCAACGCCGAGGUGAUGCCUUCGCAAUGGGAAUUCCAGGUGGGACCGUGCUCGGGUAUCAGCGCCGGGGACGAUCUGUGGAUUGCCCGAUUCAUUCUGCACCAUGUUGCCGAGGAAUACGGCGUGAUCGUGACCCUGGAUCCAAAACCGGUGGACGGUACGUGGAACGGCGCUGGCGCCCACACCAACUUCUCGACGAAGGCGAUGCGCGGGGAGAACGGUAUCGCCGAAAUCGAGAAGGCGAUCGACAAGCUCAGCAAACAACAUCUCAGACACAUCCAGGCGUACGAUCCGCGCGGAGGGAAGGAUAACGAGCGCAGAUUAACCGGGAAAUGCGAGACUAGCAACAUCCAUGAUUUUAGCGCCGGUGUAGCCAAUCGGAAUGUCAGUAUUCGCAUUCCCCGCGGCGUCGCCGAGGAUAAGAAGGGUUACUUGGAAGACAGGAGGCCCAGCAGUAACUGCGAUCCCUAUUCUGUAUGCAACGCUCUGGUCCGCACCUGCAUGCUCAAUGAAUAAUAGAGCCUACGAGCGUGUGAGAGACCGGAUCGACACGCACACAAUCGCAUACACACACCUGGAGCGUACAAUUAUUAUUCGUAGAAUUUAGAAUCCUAUCUUAUUGUUAUCCUGUUUGGAACAAUGAUAAAUGUUGAAUGUUAUCUGCCGGGAAAAAGGUGGUAAAGCUCGAGCUCUUCAGAUCCAGCAUCUAAGUGUCGCUCGAAAUACUUAUCAACUUCAAGUUUCGCGGAAACGAGGUCUUUGUCAUCGACGAUUAGGCAAGAUUGCAUCGAACGUUGAUUAAUAUUAUGGGAUUAAUUUUUGGUUCUCUUUUGCUGUUUAUGUUAUAGAUAGAAUAUUAUUAUCUAGAGAAUUGCAUUAAAUCGUAGUCAAUUUAUUCAAAUUGUCGAUAUGGCUCGACUGUAUUCAUAGCAAGGGUAUAAAUGUUAGAUAGUCUUAAGACAAGCUUGUAAUUGUAAAUACAAAGUACACAAGUUGUUCAUAUCGUGCUAAAUCCUUUCUUCACAGGAUCGUCUUUAACAGGCUUUUUUACAAUUGUCGUUUUAGACGGCAUACAAAAUAAGAUGAAAUAAAUUUAUACUUGUCUGAAAAUAGAGAACGAAUUUAUAAAACCAA